AUGACUAGUUUAACAUUAUAUUUGAUUAUAUUUUCAAUUAUCUUAUAUUUGUUUGUAAAUAGAAAUAAAAGAAAAAAUUUAAAAAUUCCAGGACCUAAUGGAAUUCCAAUUUUCGGUAAUUUAUUAUCUUUAAGUGGUGAAAUGCAUUUAACACUACAAGAAUGGUAUAAAACUUAUGGAUCUGUAUUUUCCAUUAGAAUGGGUAAUAUUGAUACAGUGGUUUUAACUGAAUAUCCAACUAUUAGAAAAGCAUUUGUUGAUAAUUCAUUAGCAUUUGCAAGUAGAUAUCAAUUGAAAAGUAGAGUUGUAUUAACUGGUGCUAAAGAUCUUGCUAUUCAAAAUGGUGAAAUUCAUUCAUUAUUGAAAAAAGUAGUUUUAUCAGAAAUGACUACAACCAAAAUCAAAAGAAUGGAAAUUCAUAUAAUUAAAGAAACUGAAAAAAUUUUAAAAAUUUUAGAUAAACAUGCUGAACGAGGUGAACCAUUUAUAAUUAAUAAUUAUUUAAAUAUGUUUUCAAUGAAUGUUAUACUUCGAUUUUUAUUAGGUAUUGAUUAUCCAUAUGAAAAUGUUGAUGAAACAGUUGGAUAUGUUAAAAGCAUUAAAAGUUUCUUUGCAGUUGCUGGUCUCCCAAUUCUAUCAGACUUUAUUCCUAUCCCAUUGAAAAAAUCUGGUGUUUUCUUUGACUCUUAUAAAGAAUUAGAAAUUGAAACUGAUAAAUUAAUUGAAAAAUUUAAAAAAUCUAGAAAUGAGAAAAUUGAAAAUGGAACAUACAAUGAAGAAGAAGAUGAAUCAAUUCUAUCAAAAUUAUUAAAAGAAUAUGAACAUGGUAAUAUCACAUGGGAAUGUGUUUCACAUACAUGUAUUGAUAUAAUUUCCGCUGGUACUGAUACUUCUGCAAAUACAUUGGUUAUGGCAUUGAUUGAAUUAAUAAAUAAUCAAGAAAUUCAAUCUAAAGCUUUUUCAAGUAUUAGAUCAUCAUGUUUAAAUGAUUCAAAUGAUGAUGAUGAUGAUGAUGAAAUUGUAAUCACUCAUAGUAAAUAUCGUUCAUUAUUACCUUACAUUUCAAUGAUAAUUAAAGAAACAUUUAGAAAACAUCCAAUUGCUUUACUUGGUUUACCACAUGUUACAACUGAAGAUGUUGAAAUUGAUGGAUAUAAAAUUGAAGCUGGUACAUAUAUCAUUCAAAAUAUUUUCUCAAGUCAUAGAAGUGAUAAAAUUUUCCAAUCACCAAAUGAAUUCAUUCCAGAAAGAUUCUUUGAAUCAUCUCAAAAUCAAGGUUUAAUUCAUUUUGGUUUAGGUGUUAGAGACUGUGUUGGAAAGUCAUUAGCAGAGUGUGAAAUUUUCACAUUAAUUGCAACCUUAUUAAAUAGAUAUCAAUUUAUUAAUCCAAAUAAUUCAAAAAAAUUAAAUGAUAUUGGUACAUUUGGUUUGGCUCAAGUUUGUCCAGAUACUAAUAUUAUUUUAAAAAAAAGAAUUUAA